UGCGGGGUGGCGGCGGCGUGCGGGGCGGCGGCGUGCGGGGCGGCGGGCGCCAUGGCCCGCAAGAAGCUCUACCGGCCCAUCGCCGCCAUGGCGAAGAAGAUCCGCGAGUACCGGGCGCUGAAGAACCGGCCGCGAGACUCGCAGCGCUUCGCCCUGGAUUACGAGACCAUGCGGCGGCCGCUGACGCAGAAGCGGCUGCCGGUGCUGGCGUGGGAGGACGUGCGCAACGAGAACCGCCUCUUCGCGCUGCUCUGCCGCCUGCCGCUCUUCGGCGUGGGCCGCGUGGUCACCCGCAAGUCCUGGCUCUGGCAGCACGACGAGCCCUGCUACUGGGUCAUCACCAAGGUCAAGGUGGACUACACGGCCGAGAAUAUGGAUCAUGGAAAAGCUUGGGGGUACCUGACCUUCAGAGGUAAAACCGAAGAAGAAGUAAGAGAGAUCGACAAAGUCAUGUACCAUGACUGGCGGAUGGUGCCCAAGCACGAGGAGGAGGCCUUCAAGAAAUUCACCCCAGUGCCAGAAGAGACCAUUCGGUACCUUCCAUACCCGCCUCUGCUCCGAGCCAUGAUCCUCGCUCAAUGGCAGAAGGAAGGAAAACCAAUCACAGAGGAGCCGAUGAUUGAUCUGGAGAAGCUCACGUCUUCACGGGUUGCGAAGCAGAAAGCUGCAGAUACAUCAGUAUAAAGACUUGUUGUGUGACCUGAGUUUCCUGUAAGCUCUUGCUGUGUGUUAGAAGCACAUCAGCUUCUUAGAGAAGGCACAUCUGCCCACUGUGGUACGCUGCAUCCAGGUUUUCUCGUUUCACUUUCUCCCCAGGACCGUACAAUGACCUCAUCUGUAAGGGAAGAUGCAGAAACGUGAAGGGUUAUUUUCAUAAAUUCAGUCUGUCACCAGAGUGACCUUCUCGGUUCUCUGUAUAUAUUCUCUGUAUACUCUGUAUGUAACUGCUUUGGUGGAAGCAGUUCUGGAUGAGGUUUUCCUUGUGUUACUGUACCACAUAAUGACUUUGUAGGGGAUCCCCAAACAUCCUGACUCAGAACGUGAUGUGCUUGUAUUAAAUCACAGAAGCCCGAA